AACAAACAUUGGGCUAUGCUGCAGAUGUUGCGUUACCUAGGAACUAAUGUAGCCAGGGAGGUUGUUUUUGACGGACGAUCUAAUGUAGCACCACUGGUCCCAUCUUGGUUUGUGAGAGAAGGGAGAGUAAAGCAAACCGUCCAUAUUAUCGCUGCUUUGUCAGCACUUUUCACGGUGAUGGACCCUCCUGGUGGGGGAGACGAACGGCGGAGGCAGGCAGAGCGUCUUCGUCGGGAGGAAGCAUACUAUCACUUCAUUAAUGAAUUGAGUGAAGAGGAGUACCGCCUAAUGAGAGAUAACAACUUGCUUGGCACUCCUGGGGAGGUGACUGCUGAGGAGCUUCGGCAGCGGCUUGAUGGCGCAAAAGAGCGCAUGUCAUCUCAGCCCCCCACUGAGCAGCGCUCACAGACUACUGAUUCUGGAGAACAGCAGGGCAGUAGUGGGGAGGGAGAGGAGAGAAGAGCUGGAGGGAGACGAGGAGCAGGGGGCCCAGAGCCCGGAGCAGAAACUUCAAAUGGUGACUCAUUACUGGAGUGGCUUAACACUUUCAGACGCACUGGUAAUGCCACUCGCAGUGGGCAGAGUGGCAACCAAACAUGGCGCGCGGUCAGUCGGACCAACCCUAACAGUGGAGAAUUCCGCUUUAGCCUGGAGAUCAACAUUAACCAUGAUCAGCCAGAGCCGGGAGAGCAUAAUGACACUGUAGACACUGCAGCGCUGCCAGUGACUGCCCCAAACACAAUUUCACCUUCUAUACGUACUGCUUCCUCUUACUCCAACCCUCGCCCUUCAACCACACCAAGGCCAGUCCCAUACCCCACCCCCCGCCCAGCCCUCAGUAGGAGGAUGCAGACAAGGCGCACACGCAGCAGCACUACCACUCUUUCUAUGAGCCCCCCUGCACUUUCAGCACCAGUGGCCACCCCAGCUGAUGCUCAGAGGAGAAAUGCCACUUUGCACUCUUUAGCACCACCUCCUACGGUUCCUAACCCUCUUCUUGAUCAUACUACCCCUUCCCAACAUCCACCCCUGAAUGUAGAAGUAGAGCGGGGCAGUGAUGAUAUGUCUGCUUCUAUAGACUGUCCCCGUGUGUCAACACAGUCUGGGUCUCAUGCCCCAACAGGACACGAAUCACGUGGCAGUAGGACUCGAUCCCGUGGUCGUGCACGCAGGGCUUCAGCAAGGGGUGGGGUUUCAUCCCGCUUGUCAAGGCGCAGCCGUUCCCCCUUGCACAGAAUACCUGUUGCCAGUACCACUCCACCGUCAAGCAGUGGUGUCAGUGGCUCUAGCAUCCACACUGCUGAACCAGGCAAUGGCACAAGCUCUGUUUCCAUGGAGACUGGAGAGGCUGUUUCAGAACCUGCAGCUCCAACAGAGCCAGCUGUAGAGACAGUAGAACGCGAAAGUGAAUCGAAUGUAGUAGGAGCAGGAAGUUCCGCGGUGCGACGGCACCCAACCAUCAUGUUGGACCUGCAGGUGAGAAGGAUCCGACCUGGUGAAAACCGCGAUCGGGACAGCAUCGCCAACAGAACGCGUUCUCGUGCCCGGGUUGCUGAGAAUACUGUCACAUUUGAAAGCGACAGUGGUGGAUUUAGACGCACCAUCUCCCGCUCUGAGCGAGCUGGGAUCCGCACCUAUGUGAGCACCAUCCGUAUUCCACUUAGGCGCAUCAGUGAGACAGGCCUGGGGGAGCCCAACUCCACUGCUCUGCGUUCCAUCUUGCGCCAGAUCAUGACCGGAUUUGGGGAGCUGAGUUCCCUAAUGGAGACAGAGGCUGAUUCUGAAGCUGUUGCACCUAUCCACACAGACGCUAGUGUUUCAAAUAGUAGCAUAAGCCCACCUGGUCGUCUACAUACAAAUGAAAGUGAAGCGGGCCAUGUUGGUACAGGUGGGGUAGAUCAGGAGAGGGUGGGGCUGGUGGGUAGUGAGGAAGACCAGGGUGGACAGGCUAGGCUCGGAGGAGGGGUACUAAGCACCACAGAGGGACGAGCGACCAGCAGAGACACCAACAACCUGGUAGAAAAUGGUACUCUACCCAUCCUGCGGCUGGCACACUUCUUCUUGCUCAACGACGAGGAGGAUGAUGAGCACCCAAGGGGCCUGACCAAAGAGCAGAUUGACAAUCUAUCCACGCGUACCUAUGGACAGGCAAACCUGGAGGGGGAGAUGGGUCGUGCGUGCAGUGUUUGCAUCAAUGAGUAUGCCCAGGGCAACAAGCUGCGCCGCCUGCCCUGCUCCCACGAGUUUCACAUCCACUGCAUUGACCGCUGGCUCUCUGAAAACAACACCUGCCCCAUCUGCAGGCAGCCCAUACUCGCAGUGCAUCAUGACUGACCUAUUUGCUCACAAACACUAUCAAGUUCCUGGCUGGCUGAACUGAGCAGACCCAAGUGGGCUUUGCAUGUACAUAGAGCUUUCAUGGUUUAAUUUUUUUGAAAAUAUCCAUUGUGUUGAAGAAGGUUGAACCAAAAGUGCGGAAAAGGAAACUAUAAAUGCAGAGAAAUAAUAACUUUAUUUUUUUAGAUUGUUUGUGUUCAGCAACCUAUUACUGUUUUAUUUCCUUCUUUCUAUGACCUCUUUCACUGGUCUCUGUCACUAAGCUUAAGAAGCCCAUGUCAAUGGAUGGCAUUAAUGCUUAAGGAGCUCCUGUAGCUGCUGCUGACUAGUCUCACUUUAACUCUUUAAUGUCUGAUACAUGUGACGUCUCUUUGUCACAACUGGAUUACACAAAUCACUUCUAGACUUGAUUUAUUCCGUAUAAGCUGUAAAUAACUCACCACUGCUUGUAUUUAAGGGUUUUGAAGCAAGCCGCUCCUCACAUGCCAUCUGUUUAAAAUGGAAGCAAUUUUAACAUUCACCAUUUUAAAGCUUCAACGUUCAUUUUAAAGUGUCCCUUUUACAGUUGGUUAAGAAUUGUAUGAUUUAUUAGGAUGUGUGUGAGCUAUGUAUUUAAUUUUGAAAUAAGUUUUAUUCUGUAUGUCUAGUAGAAUUUGUUUAAGCCCUUUUCAUACACUUGUUCCAUAUUAUUGCAACACAGAAUUCAUCCAUAAAAGUCACCCACUAAAAUCCACCACUUUGAAAUCUUUAACAUUACACAAAUGAGCAGCACAAUACAAAUAAAAUGCAAAAGGCAUGUGAUAAUCAGGAAUUCCAAGAUGUAAUUUAAUAUGAGUUGUGCAGUACAGAGCAAAAAUACUGUAUUGUUUGUUUUGCUGUUCAUUGAUGUUUACAUUGUCAUGGCUAAUUAUCAUCUCCACUUAAAAACAAAGUCUUGUUUACCCUGAAAUUAAUGUUUCUUCUUGGUUCCUGUUGCUAUUACAUGCCUGACAGACACCCUGGGUCCUGUGUCAUGAAGAUGCAUUGAGUAGUUAGCCUGGAGCAUGGAAUUAAAAAAAGAAAAAUAGAUUUCCAAGAGUGUUUACAGUUGUCCAGCUAACUCCCAAAUCCUUCUUUGUGAGAUAGGUGCAGGGAAAGUGUUGAUGUUUGGAGCAUUUGCUGCAGCUCUGUCUCCAAAACUUUAUUUCCUGUCACAGUGCAAUGGCUGCAGUCUUUUUCAUUGCCAGUGCAACACCUGAAGGAGGCAGUGUUAGUUUGAUAAUCCUGUACACUCAAACUAUGGUUUGUCUUUACAUUACAUGUGCAGAUAUUGUCAUUUCUAGUGUAGCACAAGCACAAUUAUUUAGCUGAAUCACCUUGGCAGUGUGUUGCCAUCACGGUCACUUUGUACAUCAACAGUACACAGGAAUUACUACAUCUCUGCAGUUAAUAUGUCACUAAUAAAACUGCGGGAAUGAUGGAGUAUAGUAUGUGAGAGUGGGGUUAGUUUGUAUGGUUUAAUUGCGUGUGCAUGUGAGUUUGUGCGGGUUCUGAAGGAAGGGCAAGUGUCCCAGUAAACCUGGUUCUCAGAAUGCUUCUGUUCAGCUUAUGUCCAGCUUGAGAGUUUGAGGGUUGUGGCCAUUGAGUUCAGAAGUGAAUAUUUAUUCUGUUCCUAUUUAAUAAGAUGGAAAUCAACUUUUGAAAUAUGAAUAUGUAUUAUGUUGCAAUGUGAUGAGAGUAAACAGUUAAGAUAAAUAUGUUACUAUGUAAUAAAAUUAAGACAUGGGUUUUCUUCUCUGCUCCUUAACAAUGGAAUAAAAUGCAGCUUUGUUAUGCCUGGAAA